AUGGCAGACAAAUGGGCAGGAUGGGAGAUUCGCAUGUCCAACUCUCGCAGGGUUCCCUACUUCUUCAAUUCUGAGACCAAGAAAUCGAGCUGGGAACCUCCAGAGGGUAUGACAGAAGAAGAAAUUAACAACCUUCCCGGCGCGAAGGAACACCUGAAGGGAGAGGGCGUUCAGGGCGGCAUUCACGCCGGCCAGGUCAGGGCUAGCCAUCUCCUGGUCAAGCACCGAGAUAGCAGGAGGCCUUCAAGUUGGAAGGAGGAAAACAUUACGCGUACCAAAGAGGAAGCCAUCGAAAUCCUCAAGGGAUACGAAGCCCAAAUCGGCGGUGAUCCCGCCAAGUUUGCCGAGUUGGCUCAGGCUCAUUCGGAUUGUUCGUCCCAUUCUCAUGGAGGGGAUCUGGGGUGGUUUGGACGUGGACAGAUGCAGAAGCCGUUUGAAGAUGCUACCUUUGCUUUAGAGGUUGGGAAGAUGAGCGAUGUGAUUAGCACUGACAGCGGCGUUCACUUGAUCCUUCGGACUGGCUGA